CCCCGCCCACGCGCCGCCACGUCGCGUCAGUCGUCGCUCUGCGCCUGCGCCCGUUGUCUCUUUGGUCGCGCCCGGGCCCUGCGCCCCGCCAUGUGGGCUGCGGCGGGCAGGCUGUGGGGCUCCCGCGCGGGUCUCCGGGUCCUGCUCCGCAGCCGCGAUGCUGCGCUCGUUCCGGACUGCGCGCGGGGACUGCACGGCUCCGCUGUCUCCUGCAAGAACUGGCUCAAGAAAUUUGCCUCCAAAACCAAAAAAAAGUUUUGGUAUGAAGGUCCUUCCUUGGGCUCGCACUUGACUUACAAACCAUCCAAGUUGGAAUUCCUCAUGAGGAGCACCUCAAAGAAAACCAGGAAGGAAGACCAUGUGCGCCUGAGGGCCGUGAAUGGCCUUCUCUAUAAGGCACUGACAGACCUGCUGUGUACCCCUGAAGUGAGUCAGGAGCUCUAUGACCUUAAUGUGGAACUCUCCAAGGUUUCUCUGACUCCAGAUUUCUCAGCCUGCCGAGUGUACUGGAAGACAACACUCUCUGCUGAGCAGAACGCACGCACGGAGGCUGUCCUGCAGAAAAGUGCUGCGCACAUGAGGCACCUUUUGAUGUCCCAACAGACCCUGAGGAAUGUGCCACCGAUAGUGUUUGUUAAAGACAAGCGAAGUGCAGCUCUAGCUGAGAUUGAUCAGUUACUGGCAGUCGCAGACUUUGGACCUCCGGAUCAAACAGACGACUUUGUGCGAAUUGAUUUCAGGAACCCUGAUGCCCUGCAACCCUGCGGCACCACAGAGCCUACCACAAGCUCCAGUCUGUGUGGGAUCGAUCACGAGGCACUCAACAGGCAGAUUAUGGAGUACAAAAGGAGGAAGGAUAAAGGGCUUGGGGGCCUAGUGUGGCAGGAGCAGGUGGCUGAGCUGACAGUGCAGAUGAAAAAGGGAAGGAAGAAGGCCAAGCCCAGCCUGGAGCGGGACAGCUCCCUCGAGAGUUACCUGUUGGGAGAGGAGGACGAAGAUGACCUGGACCUGGAUGGCGCCCCGGAGUACGAAUACUAUGCCCCAGACACAGAGGAGUUGGAGGCUGAGAGAAGAGGUAGUAUAACAGAGGAUGACCAUGGCUGCAGAGCAAGGGGGGAGUAGAUGGCAUUGCGUCAGCUCUGUCCAUCCCAUGUUUGCAAGGAAAAGCAUUGUCACGUGAUGCAGCAUGUUGCUUCAUUGAGGCAGUUGAUGGAGUUAAAACCAUCUGCUCUUCCACUGCUUGGACAUUUUCUAGCUUUUCCAUGUAUGUAAACACAGUUUGCCCCAGAAAAGUCACUUGUUUUUAACCCCCAUACGCUAUGUGUAAUUUAAAAAAUAAAGGGCCAUAUUAUUACAGAUUAUCGCAAAAAGAAAAUGGUAAAAUAGCGUCUCUGAGAUGCUGGCAUGGCCACCUUCACCUGCAGAGCCCUGCUAGGUGCCAAUGAGUUCUUGGCCCAAGGGGUCAGACCACAGCAGUGGCGGGGAUGAGAACUGAACCUGCAAACCUGGGGAGAGCAGACGGUCCCCAGGGUCUCCCGACACCCCCAGAGCUGCUGCGUAGGCACAUGGCCCUGGGGCUUUGUCUCUGACUGGCCUCUUUAGCACAGCUUUGUGCAACGGGCUCCACCAGGUUCAGGCCGUGGUUGAGCAGAAAGUGAGUUGGCAGGUUUGCUGCUGAGGCUUCCUGGGCGAGCCUGGCUCUUGUCGUAGUUCCAUCACACAUGAAGUAGCAGCACUUUUCCCUUGGUGGCUAUAGCCACCUAGUGUAUUUUCAAAUCCAUCCAAAUAUGCAGCAUACUUGGUCUUUGCCUUCUAAAGAGUGUGUAACUCUGAGACACAGGCUGUAAAAGGCAUCACUUGUACUGAACUCGUAUCACCUCUAACACAAGGAUUCAUUUUGCUGUUUAUCCGAAGAGAAGACAUAGAUGCUAUCCCUUGUCA